AUGUCUGUUAUGUGUGCUGUAAGACCAAAUACAGAGACAUCUGGAAAGGAAAAGAAGAAGGUUCAUAGACAUAGAACAGGAUGCUGGACGUGCCGAAAGCGUGGAUAUAAGUGUGAUGAAGGUAAGCCAGAGUGUCAAAAUUGUCUUCGAAUGAAAAUCAGUUGUGAAGGGUAUGGUAUAAGACUCAAAUGGCCCGGAGAAAAAGAAAGAUCAAAGAGCAUUGAAGAACAUCCUCUGGAGCACAAUCAAGAAUUUUCACCAUCUCCAAUCCCUGAAAACGUUUCUGAUAAUAGCAAUGGCUACCCUGUGCUGCAAAUUGAGCUACUCUCUGAAAGUGAGGCUGCUGCUGAACUUGUACCAGGCAUUUCGUCAUCCUAUCAGCAUGUCCUGAAAUUAGAAACAUCACCAAGAAUCUCCGCUAGUGGACCAUUAUCAGAUGCAAGCCUUAACAGUGUCAAAUUGGAGAGUCCUCCAACAAUGAGCCCGAGUCCUUUCAUUCCUCAAAGCAACUAUUAUCCAAAUCCAUUCACAGAAGAGUCAUUUCCAACUCAAUUCUCUUAUUCUUCAGUUCAUUCUCACGACUCUUUUCACCCUCAGACGCAGACUCUUUUACCCGUUCCUACAAAUGUUACAGAACUUACCGCAAUGGAGAGUAUGGAAAAUCGGUUAUUAACUCAUUUCUCGACCACUGUCGCAGAGCAACUUUCGCCAUUAGAAACCUCGGCUAUCAAUGUUUACCGGGAUAUCAUGAUUCCAUUUACUAGUGACUCCGUGAAGUAUGCCAUAUGUGCAGUUUCGGCAGCUAAUAUUGCCACAACGUCUACCACGGAGAUGGACUAUAGCGAAGUCGCCGUUCAGUAUAAAGUAGCCGCAAUCAAGGAUCUCAGAGAAAAGCUGGCCAGUCGUAAUGGUUAUUUUGAUCAAGAUGAUUUAUCUACAUCACUGUUACUGGCUACAUUAGAGGCAAUGGAGGGCAAUUUCACCUCAUGGCAAAAUCAUAUUUCUGGAGCUAUUAGAGGAGUGUUCAGCAUGGAUAAAACUGGUCCUGAAGUACAUGAAUUAAUGAACCUCAUGGAAUAUCAUGAUGCUGUAUCUUCAAUCUUAUCACCAGCUGGUCCAUUGUUAGCUCAGACAGGCGACGAGAAAUAUCAGAGUUCAAAUAUCUUGCUGAGAGGUAUCGACAAUACUUCAUUCAGUAGUGUUGUCAGUUCCCUCUAUAGGAUAGUCUCCACAAUUUCAACAUUAGCCUGCACUGCAACUACUUUUGUAGGACCAACUUCUGCUAGUGCAGGUCCAUUCAACAUCCCAAACGAUAGUCUUUGGACGCAAAGUAUGCUCAACAACAGAAUGGAUAUCUUUUUGUUCUUAGAUCUUUGGACUGUUUCCCCACUCAAUAUGACUGCUGAUGCUUACAAUGCUACAAUGGUUUUGAAACAUUGUUUGUCAUUAUAUUGCUACACCAGAUUGGACAGCAGACAGUUAGGAGCGGAGCUCAGCGCUGAGGUGCUAGCUAUACUUUCCCAAGCAUCAUAUCACCUCCAACAAAUUUCACCAUCAAAUGGUAUUAACUCGAUAUUAAUUUGGCCACUAUGGCAGAUGGGCAUUCUUGCGGAUAGCCCUGCAGAUCAGUUUGAUAUUCUUGACAGACUUGACCAAAUUAGACUCACACUCAGGAAGCCAGCAGUUCACACAGUUACAACGUUUUUAACAACAUUCUGGGAACGAAGAAGAGGGUCACUCUACACACGUGCAACAAGAAGAUCAGAUCUGAAUGCUGUAACUAACUCAGUAAGUCCGGUGAUCUUUUUUUAG